GCGGCGUCGUCGACACAAUACAAUGUAUGUCGUGAUUACAGUCCGUAGAGAGGUUCACGUUCUAAUAAGGAAAUUUGUUUCUCCCCAUUUUUCCCCGCCGAAAUAAGGAAAAUGUUCGUGUAAGGUUGCAACCUUCUACUGUUGAGCAAAGGUGCACGUGACUUCUGCAGAAUAAGGAGGCAACCUUGCACAAACCUCACCCCUGAAAUGAUCUAUUUCCGACCCAUUUCUGGCUCUUGCGGCGACAAUCUCUGAAAAAAACCCCGAGCCAACUGCGUGGCCCUUCUCUUAUGAGCCUGCUACUGUUCCCUGGUCGCGCCUAGUUGGUGGGUGGGUGGGUCGCGAGGCGUUCAAGUCAAGCAUUUGAUCCUAUCACUUGUUUUCUCUCUCCUCAGUGGCUUUACAAUUUUUGUUGCUCUGAAUCAUCCUCUUCCCCCUUCUCUCUCUCUUCGCAGUUCCAUGAUUCGUGGAUGAUUCCCCCACUUUCCCCAUCAAAUACGCCUUCUAGCGAUCCCAUGUUCUUUUCUCUCUCUCUCUGUGUCUUAGACAGAGCGGUCAACCCUGUGUCUUAGACAGCGGUCAACCCAGCGCAGGCGGAUCAACUCUCGCCUCUCUCUCUUCACCUUCAAUUCAAUUCAAUAUUGUAGAGUAAUAAUAAAUUGUAGUAGGAUUGGAGGAGGAGGAGGGGAAGGGCAAAGGAAAGUGAUUAACAAUGGAGGUGGGAUGGGAGUGGAGCAAUCUGCUUCUUGAUGACUUCUCUUCCAUUGAUGGUGAUGCCCCGUCCCUACCUUCUGAAGCUGCGCCUUACUGUUCCGACUGGGACGCCCUUCCCCUUCCCUCGGAGGACCCUCAGCCCCAGUCUAUGCCUCAACCCGAGCCAUCAUCCGCCACAUCAUCAGUAUUGCUGCCUCAUUCCUCUCCCCUGAAUCCCCAGACCUCCUCUCCGGCCAAAGUUAGGAAGCGAGAUCCCCGCCUCACCUGCUCUAACUUCCUCACUGGCCACAUCCCGUGCGCUUGCCCGGAGCUCGAUGAGCAGGAAAGAGACGAGGAUGAAGCGAGCAGGAAGCGCACCAAGAUGACAGCUGCAGCAGUGGUGCGGUGCCAGGUCACUGAUUGCGAGGCGGACAUCAGUGAACUCAAGGGUUAUCACAGGCGCCACCGCGUCUGCCUGCGCUGUGCCAAUGCCACCACCGUGAUCCUUGAUGGUCAGCCCAAGCGCUACUGCCAGCAGUGCGGCAAGUUUCAUGUAUUGCAAGAUUUUGAUGAAGGAAAAAGGAGUUGUAGGAGAAAAUUAGAGCGACACAACAAUAGGAGGCGCAGAAAAAAUCUUGACUUCAGACACGGUGUUGAAGGAUCUCACUUAACUGAGAAGGAACCACUAAGUAUCAUGACAAUUGAAGAUGUCUUUUGCAAUGGUGAAGCAGGCAGUGGGCUUGGGGAUGGUUGUGGAGAAGCAAGUUUACAUCUUAGCGACCAGAUGAAGGAUACAAAUACCAGAUCCUUAUUGGAAUGUGAAGAGGGUCAUGAAUCCCCCUUCCAUUCGGUCAUGGGUAAGAUGAAUCCUAGUUUGCAAAAUCCUCAGAGUGAUGAUGUCCUCUCUAUUGUUACUUCUGAUAAAGCCCAGAGAAAAAGUGGAAAUGAUCACUCUAGACCUUCUCUUUCUUCAUCAUUGUGUGAUAAUCAGGCCGGUUACUCAUCGGUGUGCCCAACAGGUCGUAUAUCCUUCAAGCUUUAUGAUUGGAAUCCUGCAGAAUUUCCGAGACGGCUUCGGCACCAAAUAUUUCAGUGGCUGGCUAGCAUGCCUGUUGAGUUGGAGGCCUAUAUUCGUCCUGGAUGUACCAUACUGACUGUUUUCAUUGCAAUGCCUCACUUUAUGUGGGAGAAGUUGUUCAAAGAUGCUACUGUAUUCUUGGAUGACCUUGUUAAUGCCCCUGGAAGUUUGCUGUCAGGAAGAGGCAGAAUUUUCAUUUACCUAAAUAAUUGGAUUUUCCAAGUUCUAAGAGGUGGAACUUCCUUGGCUAAUAACAUGAUGGACAUGCGAGUACCCAAGUUGCACUAUGUUCAUCCUGUCUGUUUUCAGGCUGGGAAGCCCAUGGAGUUUGUUGCUUGUGGGAGGAACCUCUUCCAAAACAAAUUCCGAUUUCUUGUAUCUUUUGCUGGGAAGUAUCUGCAAUACGAUUCUUGUCAAGCUAUUUCACUCGAGGAGACUAAAUCAUUCAGGGGAAUUGGAGGGAGCUUCAUUCAUUGUUCUGACACUGAAAUGUUCAAAAUACGUAUCCCAUCAACUGAUCCAAAGCUAUUUGGCCCUGUGUUUAUUGAGGUAGAGAAUGUGUCUGGAAUUUCGAACUUCAUUCCAGUUUUGCUGGGGGAUAAGUGGACUUGUUCUGAACUUCAAAAUUUUGAGCUGAUGCUUGGUGAAGCUGUUUGCCAUGAGUACGACAAUAAUUUUGUCAUGAAUGCAGCUUGUAGGUCAUCCAACAUUGCUGAUUCAGAUAAAAAGUGCUUCUCUGAACUUUUAUUGGACAUUGCUUGGUUGCUCAAGGAGCCUCAUUUUGAUCAUGAUAGGAAUGAGACUGAACUAAACUCAAUGCACUUUGAGAGGUGGAGUUGUUUAUUAAGGUUCCUUGUGAGAAAUGGGCUUGUAUUUGUUCUAGAAAAAGUUCUAAAAUCACCAAUGGUUUUAAUGAAGCUCGAAGAGUCUGAAAAUCAGACAUCUGAUGUUGAUAUGAGGCUGUUCCGAAAAUAUGUGAACCAAGCAAGAGAACUAGUGGAUCAACAGAACAAGCGUGGCAGAUUACGUUUGCGUUCUAAGAACAUCACUUCUCAAGGAAGUUCACCACCAACGCGUGAUAUCAAUGCCAAUAUUUUGAAUGAUAAGCAUUGCACCAACCAAGAAAUGGGGUCUAAAGGUGAGAGAGACCAUGAAAAAUCUAUUGCGACGUACUUGGUCCAAGGUGGUGACAUGAGAACCCCCUUGUUGAGUAAAGAAGUAGUGAUGAGGGUGAACCAUUCUCCUUGUCCGAUAGAGCGGCCGCGCUUUUAUCCCAGCGCUGGCAUUAUUGUAAGCCCUCGCCUUUUCCUCAUUGUGCUCGGUGCAGUUGUUAUGUGUUGUGGAGUUUGUAUCGUCCUUCGGCAUCCCCAUGAAGUAUGGGAGUUCUCCAUCUCUUUGCGAAGGUGUUUAACAGGCACACCAAAACGUUAGUCAAAGAUCCUUGGAGGUGCUUUAUUGCUCUCGCUUUCAAAUUGUUCUCUAUGUAGAAAAGCCUAUUUACAGUUCGCAGGAAACCCAGUUGUAACAUUGAGUUCAUUCUUUUUCAUCUCUACUUUCUGUUUAAGGUGGAAUACUAAAACGGAUGCUUCAUCCUCAGGUCCCAAUGUAUUAGAGAAUUAUGUUUUGUUGUUUCUUUCUGUUGCAGAUUCAGCACCGCUACAAGGAUACAUGCUUAUGCAUCGAUAUAUAUUUGUACAUCCGCUAAGUUACAUAUGUACAAAGCACUCUUCGGUGCAUGUGCAAAUGUAUUGCUUCCAAUGUACUUGCAUGCACAUGUGAUGCAUUUGUUA